AUGUUCCUCACACUCAGGAAAAAAGCGCUUCACUCUGAGGACAAGGUUCCUGACUCUGAGGACAAAGUUCUUCAAUCUGAGGACAAGGUUUCUCACACUGAGGACAAGGUUCCUCAAUUUGAGGACAAGGUUCUUCACUCAGAGGACAAGGUUCUUCACCCGGAGGACAAGGUUCUUCACUCUGAGGAUAAGGUUCUUCACUUUGAAGACAAGGUUCUCCACUCUGAGAACAAGGUUCUUCACUCUGAGGAUAAGGUUCUUUACUCUGAGGGCAAAGUUCUUCACACUGAGGACAAGGUUCUUCACUCUGGGGACAAGGUUCUUCACUUUGAGGACAAGGUUCUUCUCCCUGAGGACAAGGUUCUUCACUCUGAGGACAAGGUUCUUCACUCUGAGGACAAGGUUUUUCACACUGAGGAGUAGGUUCUUCACUCUGAGGACAAGGUUCCUCACUCUGCGGACAAGUUUCCUCAGUCUGAGAACUAGGUUCUUCGCUCUGUGGACAAGUUUGUCCACUCUGAGGACAAGGUUCCUCACACUGAGGACAAGGUUCUUCACUCCGAGGAAAAGGUGCAUCACUCCGAGGACAAGGUUCUUCAUUCCCCGUACAAGGUUUUCAGACUGAGGACAAGGUUCCUGACUUUGAAAAAAAGGUUCUUCACUCUGAGGAUAAGGUUCUUCACUCUGAGGGCAAGGUUCUUCACACUGAGGAGAAGGUUCUUCAGUCUGAGGACAAGGUUGUUCACUCUGAGGACAAGGUUCCUCACUUUGAGGACAAGGUUCCUCACACUGAGGACAAAGUUCCUGACACUGAGAACAAGGUUACUCAGUCUGACGACAAGGUUCUUCACUCCGAGAACAAGGUUUUUCACCCUGAGGACAACGUUCCUCACUCUGAGGACAAGUUUCUUCCCUCUGAGGACAAGGUUCUUCACUCUGCGGACAAGGUUCGUCACUCUGAGGACAAGUUCCUUCACUCUGAGGACAAGGUACUUCACUCUGAGAACAAGGUUCUUCACUCUGAGGACAAGGUUCCUCACUCUGAGGACAAGGUUCCUAACACUGAGAAUAAGGUUCUUCACUCUGAGGACAAGGUUCGUCACACUGAAGACAAGGUUCCUCACUUUGAGGACAAGGUUCUUCACUCUGAAGAUAAGGUUCUUCACUCAGAUGAGAAGGUUCUUCAAACUGAGGACAAGGUUCUUCACUCCGUGGAGCAGGUGCCUCACUCUGAGGACAAGGUUCCUCACUCUGAGGACAUGUUUCUUCACUCUGAUGACCAGGUCCUCCACUCUGAGGACAAGCUGCUGCACGCUGAGGACUAGGUUCCUCACACUGAGGACAAGCUUCCUCACUUUGAGGACAAGGUUCUUCACUCUGAAGACAAGGUUCUGCACUCUGAGGACAAGAUUCUUCACUCUGAGGACAAGGAUCCUCACUCUGAGGACAAAGUUCUUCAAUACGAGGACAAGGUUUCUCACACUGAGGACAAGGUUCCUCACUUUGAGGACAAGGUUCUUCACUCCGAGGACAAGGUGCCUCACUCUGAGGACAAGUUUCUUCACUCUGAGGACGAGGUUCUUCACUCUGAGGACAAGUUUCUUCACUCUGAGGACAAGGUUCUUUACUCUGACGACAAGGUUCCUCACACUGAGGACAAGGUUUUGCGCUCUGAGGACAAGGUUCCUCACUCUGAGGACAAGGUUCCUCACUCUGAGAAAAAGGUUCCUCACUCUCUGGAUAAGGUUCUUUAUUUGAGGACAAGGUUCUUCACUCUGAGGACAAGGUUCUUCACUGUGAGGACAAGGUUCUUCUCUCUGAGACAAGGUUCCUCACUCGUAGGACAAGGUUCCUCACUCUGAGACAAGGUUCUUCACUCUGAGGACAAGUUUCUUCACUCUGAGGACGAGGUUCCUCACAUUGAGGGCAAGGUUCUUCACUCCGAGGACAAGGUGCCUCACUCUGAGGACAAGUUUCUUCACUCUGAGGACGAGGUUCUUCACUCUGAGGACAAGUUUCUUCACUCUGAGGACAAGGUUCUUUACUCUGACGACAAGGUUCCUCACACUGAGGACAAGGUUUUGCGCUCUGAGGACAAGGUUCCUCACUCUGAGGACAAGGUUCCUCACUCUGAGAAAAAGGUUCCUCACUCUCUGGAUAAGGUUCUUUAUUUGAGGACAAGGUUCUUCACUCUGAGGACAAGGUUCUUCACUGUGAGGACAAGGUUCUUCUCUCUGAGACAAGGUUCCUCACUCGUAGGACAAGGUUCCUCACUCUGAGACAAGGUUCUUCACUCUGAGGACAAGUUUCUUCACUCUGAGGACGAGGUUCCUCACAUUGAGGGCAAGGUUCUUCACUCCGAGGACAAGGUGCCUCACUCUGAGGACAAGUUUCUUCACUCUGAGGACGAGGUUCUUCACUCUGAGGACAAGUUUCUUCACUCUGAGGACUAGGUUCUUCACUCUGAGGACCAGGUUCUUCACUCUGAGGACAAGUUUCUUCACUCUGAGGACGAGGUUCCUCACACUGAGGACAAGGUUUUGCGCUCUGAGGACAAGGUUCCUAACACUGAGAAUAAGGUUCUUCACUCUGAGGACAAGGUUCGUCACACUGAAGACAAGGUUCCUCACUUUGAGGACAAGGUUCUUCACUCUGAAGAUAAGGUUCUUCACUCAGAUGAGAAGGUUCUUCAAACUGAGGACAAGGUUCUUCACUCCGUGGAGCAGGUGCCUCACUCUGAGGACAAGGUUCCUCACUCUGAGGACAUGUUUCUUCACUCUGAUGACCAGGUCCUCCACUCUGAGGACAAGCUGCUGCACGCUGAGGACUAGGUUCCUCACACUGAGGACAAGCUUCCUCACUUUGAGGACAAGGUUCUUCACUCUGAAGACAAAGUUCUUCACUCUCAAGACAAGGUUUUUCACUCCGAGGACAAGGCUCCUCACACUGAGGACAAGGUUCCUCACUUUGAGGACAAGGUCCUCCACUCUGAGGACAAGGUUCUUCACUCUGACGACAAGAUUCUUCACUCUGAGGACUAGGUUCGUCACUCUGAGGACAAGGUUCUUAAUUCCGAGGAAAAGGUUCUUCACUCUGAGAACAAGAUUCCUCACUUUGAUGACAAGGUUCGUCACUCUGAGGACAAGUUCUUCACUCUGAGGACAAGGUUCUUCACUCUGAGGACAAGGUUUUUCACUCUGAGGACAAGGUUCUUCAUACCGAGGACAAGGUUCCUGACUCUGAGGACAAGGUUCCUCACUCUGACGACAACCUUCCUCCUUCUUAGGACAAGGUUCUUCAAUCUGAGGACAAGGUUCCUCACAUGGGUACAAAGUUCCUCCCUUUGAAGACGAGGUUAUUUAAACUCUGAGGACAAGGUUCUUAACUCUGAGGACAAGUUUCUUCACUCUGAGGACAACGUUCUUCCCUCUGAGGACAAGGUUCUUCACUCUGAGGACAAGGUUCGUCACACUCAGGCCAAAAGUGUUCACUCUGAGGACAAGGUCCUUCACUCUGAAGACAAGGUUCUUCACCCUGGGGACAAAGUUCUUCACUCUGAGGACAAUGUUCCUCACACUCAGGAAAAAAGCGCUUCACUCAGAGGACAAGGUUCCUCACUCUGAGGACAAAGUUCUUCAAUCUGAGGACAAGGUUUCUCACACUGAUGACAAGGUUCCUCAAAUUGAGGACAAGGUUCUUCACUCUGAGGACAAGGUUCUUCACUCUGAGGACAAGGUUCUUCACUCUCAGGACAAGGUCCCUCACUCUGAGGAGAAGGUUGUUCAAUCUGAGGACAAGGUUCCUCACACUGUGGACGAGGUUCCUCUCUUUGAUGACAAGGUUCGUCACUCUGAGGACAAGGUUCUUCACUCUGAGAACAAGGUUCUUCACUCUGAGGAGAAGGUUUUUCACUCUAAGAACAAGGUUCUUCACUCUGACGACAAGGUUCUUCAUUCCGAGGACAAGGUUCCUGACUCUGAGGACAAGGUUCCUCACUCUAACGACAACCUUCCUCGUCCUAAGGACAAGGUUCUUCAAUCUGAGGACAAGGUUCCUCACAUGAGGACAAGGUUCCAUACUUUGAGGACAAGGUUAUUUAAAUUCUGAGGACAAGUUUCUUCACUCUGAGGACAAGGUUCUUCACUCUGAGGACAAGGUUCUCCACUCUGAGGACAAGGUUCCUCGUUUUGAGGACAAGGUUCUUCACUCUGAAGACAAGGUUCUGCACUCUGAGGACAAGAUUCUUCACUCUGAGGACAAGGAUCCUCACUCUGAGGACAAAGUUCUUCAAUACGAGGACAAGGUUUCUCACACUGAGGACAAGGUUCCUCACUUUGAGGACAAGGUUCUUCACUCCGAGGACAAGGUGCCUCACUCUGAGGACAAGUUUCUUCACUCUGAGGACGAGGUUCUUCACUCUGAGGACAAGUUUCUUCACUCUGAGGACAAGGUUCUUUACUCUGACGACAAGGUUCCUCACACUGAGGACAAGGUUUUGCGCUCUGAGGACAAGGUUCCUCACUCUGAGGACAAGGUUCCUCACUCUGAGAAAAAGGUUCCUCACUCUCUGGAUAAG